GGCCGGGCUGUCAGACUGUGAAGGGGCGGGACAGGUGAGGAGGAGAAACUACAAGAAAGAAAGCAUGGAAGUUUCUCUGUUGAGCGUCUGUGUUUCGCCGUGUGGGGGGCAGAUACCGUCUGUUUUUAAGUAGAUAUCGUUGUAUGGUGUUAAUUUAUCGUAAUACGACGUAACCGUUACGUUCAAUUUUUUUAAUCUGACUACGCGAGACACUAACGGUUUUCCAACAAAGUGGAGACUGUUAAACUGUUGUGACAACCAAGUAAAACUUUUUUUGCGGACAUUUUUUUAAUCUUUACACCUUCCUUCAAUUAAUAAGAGCGUGUUUAUUCUUUUGUUUUAAUUGUUUUGUGGGGGAAAAAAGUAUUUUUAAGGUGAACUUGUCCGUUAGGUUUGUUUCGUCGCCAUGGAGAAGGACGACUGUCACUCAGCAUCAACGUACAACGAGUAUCCACAUCCGUUCAUUCACAACGUGAAGCUGACCAGAGCUCAGAGGAUCAGGGGCAUCAUCCUUGGCAGCGUCCUCUUCCCUUUACGCAUCACCCUGGGCACCCUCCUCUUCCUCAUCAUGUGGCCUCUCGCCCGACUACGACUUGCCGGCCUGUCUGAGGAGGAAUGCUCCCGGCCUGUCACCGGCUGGCGGUGCUGGCUCCUCCACCCGAUCAUCUGGUUCCUGAGCCGGGCCGUCUUCUUCUUCCUGGGCUUCAUGUGGGUGAAGGUCAAAGGUCGCAGGGCGAACCUGAAGGAGGCACCUGUGCUGGUGGUGGCGCCGCACAGCGGCUUUCUGGACAUGGUGGUUCUGUUUCCUACUCAGCUGGCGACGGUGGUGUCACGGUCGGAGAACACGAACAUACCCGUCAUAGGAGCUCUCCUGGAGUUCAACCAGUCCGUGAUGGUGAGCAGGAAAGAUCCAGAGUCGAGGAAAAAGGCCGUCGGCCAGCUCGCAGAGAGGCUGACCUCUAACGGCUACUGGCCGCAGAUGCUGAUGUUUCCUGAAGGAACUACCACUAACGGCAGCGCUCUCAUCAAGUUCAAACCCGGUGCCUUCCUGUCCGGAGUCCCGGUCCAACCUGUUCUGUUGCAUUACCCCAACAAACUGGAUACAGUUCGCUGGACGUACAAAGGAACAACCUGGAUCGAGGCGCUGUGGCACACGGCUUCACAGCUUUACACCAACGUGACUGUUGAGUUCCUGCCGGUUUACAACCCCUCCCAGGAAGAGAAGAACGACCCCAACCUUUACGCCGACAAUGUUCAGAAACUUAUGGCCGAGGCCCUCGGAGUCCCAGCUACAGACUACGUGAUGGAGGGCCGGGUGCCUGUCAGUAAACUGGGCGGUCUCUCUCUCCCGCUGGAGUCACCUGUCAGGAAAACAAUCUCACUGCUGCACAGACACGGCCUGGGAGCGUCUGAAGUGGAAGCAGCGUUGGACAGGAUGAUUGACAGGUGUCAGUCAGGAGCUCAGGGGUUCAAGGCCAGUGCAGAGGAGCUCGCCGCUAUUCUCGGACUGACUGAUAGACAGACAGCCGUCACUAUCUGCGGCCUCUAUUCUAAGGAUGAAACAGUCGACCUCAGACAGAUCUAUCUGAGUGUUGCUGCUCUGUCUGGAUUUGUCAGUUUCAAGUCGCUCAUUCACACUGCGUUCACUCUGUUUGACGGAGACGGCAGAGGCAGCCUGCAUGCGGAGGAGCUGUCAGACCUCAUGGGGGCGCUGCUGGGCGUCCCUCAGCACAACACGGCUGAGCUUUACACCGAGGCCUCCAGUCAAGGCCGACUUACUGAAGACGACCUGCUGCGAGCACUGACGUCCCACCCGACCUAUCAGAGAGUGGUGAACGAGCACCUGCAGCCCGAGGAAGGGUCGGGCUGUCCGAUGGCCAACGGGAAGGCCGUGAACAACAACGGAAACAUGCACGACAGCAACGGAUCGCUCCACUACAACAAGAAGAUGGAAUGAAGACUUUUUGUUUGUUUGUGAUAUUAAGUGAAAGUCUGAUUCCUCUUUUUACAGUUGGGUACAAAAAAGGUUUAUUAUGAUGUACAAGCGUUAACAGUACCGACCAAGCAGAGUAAUCAGCAACAGACGAUUGUAUUUUUAUGUUUUUGUGCCAGGUUGUGUGUUUAUAUAUUGAUGUAUUUUUAAAAUACUCAUCACUGUAACAUUUUAUAACCAUCUUGCUGACUUUGAGAAGCCGAAGAACGACUUAAUUUGUAUCUAAAUGCUACAGUGGAUUUCUGAAGUAAGUGUGUGUGUGUUUGAGGACUUAAAUAUGUGUAUGUGUGUGUGUUUGAGGACUUUAAUAUGUGUGUGUGUG